CACCCCCUUCUGUGUGUGAACUUCUUAACAGCGGUUACUGGAAGAGCCGCCUCCGCACCAGCGCUGGUUCUACUGGAGGAAAAAAAUAAAUAAAAACAAAACAAAUACAAAACAAAACAUUUCGAAAAGAGAGAAAAAAAAAAGGAACCCCAAAAAGUUGUAUUUUUCUCUGUGGACGCACUUUGAUUUUUGAUUUCUGUAUGAAAAGUCCUGCGGAAAGUCUCGAGCAGCAGCAGCAGCACUAUGCCGAGGAGAAAGCAGCAAGCACCGAGGCGGUCUGCAGCAUAUGUGCCUGAGGAGGAGCUGAAGGCAGCCGAAAUUGACGAAGAAAACCUCCAGGAUGAUGGACUGUCUCUAGAUAUUCAGGACAGUGAGUUUGUGUGCAACGAGGAGGAGGAUAGUAAAGAUAUCCCCAGCUACCAAAACUCCCCUCUGAGCACAGCCACCAAUCAGGAUGCAGGCUAUGGAUCACCCCUCAGCGAUACUAGUGACAGGCUGACCGAUUUCAGGAGCACUUCCUCAAAAGAUGGCCAUGAGAAAGAGGAAGGCGCCACCAUAGACAAUGGGGCUUUGCUACACGACAGUUUAUCUAAGAUGAAAGCCAUCUAUGCAAAUUUGAUCUCUGAUUCCUCUUGGGCGAGCAUUACCAAGGAUUUAAUGAAAUCCAAGCCACCGAGUGCCAGCACCAGUAGCAAUGGAAACAGCCACAGUGGGAGUCACACGUCCAGCAAUGGGGGAGGCCUAACCUACGACUGGCACCAGGCUGCCCUGGCCAAAACCUUACAACAGGCCCCUUACAAUAUCUUGCCGGAGCCCAGCCUGUUCAGUACAGUGCAGCUUUACCGACAGAACAACAAACUGUAUGGUUCGGUCUUCACGGGCGCCAGUAAAUUUCGAUGCAAAGACUGCAGUGCUGCCUAUGAUACUCUAGUGGGCCUGACAGUGCAUAUGAAUGAGACUGGCCACUACCGGGACGACAAUGAAGACAAGGAAACGGACAGUAGCAAGAAAUGGUCAAAGCCCAGGAAGCGCUCCUUAAUGGAGAUGGAAGGGAAGGAGGAUGCGCAGAAAGUUCUGAAGUGCAUGUACUGUGGGCACUCCUUUGAGUCACUGCAAGACCUGAGCGUCCACAUGAUCAAAACUAAACAUUACCAGAAAGUGCCUCUAAAGGAACCAGUGCCAGCUCUCACCUCCAAACUGGUCCCCUCUACCAAAAAGCGAGCACUUCAGGACUCGGUCUCCCCGUGUUCCCCCGAGUCCACCGGCAGCACAGCAGGUGUGUCCAUGGGGGAGCUGUCAAAAGAGCAAAAAGCCGCCAACCCUUACGUGACCCCAAACAAUCGGUAUGGCUAUCAGAAUGGUGCCAGUUACACCUGGCAGUUUGAGGCUCGCAAAGCCCAGAUACUAAAGUGCAUGGAAUGCGGUAGCUCCCAUGAUACCUUGCAACAACUUACGGCUCACAUGAUGGUGACCGGACAUUUUCUAAAGGUUACCAACUCUGCUUCUAAAAAGGGGAAGCAACUCGUCUUUGACCCGGUGGUGGAAGAAAAAAUCCAGUCCAUCCCUUUGCCUCCAACUACAACGCGGCUACCAUUACCCAACGUCAAGUCGCAGCCAGAGUCGCCAGCUCAUUCGUCCGGCUCAGAGGAGAAAAAGGAUUUAGAGGACGAACAGAUGGAGCUCAAGGAGCCUGAGAAAAAAAUCAAAGAGGAAAAAGAAGAGCCCGGGGAAAAAUUUGAGCCAACUACCCCUUACAAGUACCUCCGUGAGGAAGAUUUAGACGACAGUCCAAAAGGUGGCAUGGACAUUCUGAAGUCUCUAGAAAACACCGUUUCCAGCGCAAUUAGCAAAGCCCAAAACGGUGCCCCAACUUGGGGGGGAUAUCCUAGCAUUCACGCAGCCUAUCAGCUCCAAGGUUCCGUCAAACCCGUUCAGCCGACUGUUCAGAGCAUUCACGUGCAACCUUCUUUCAGCAGCAGCAUGAAAACGUUAUCGACUGAACUCGCGGCGGUGAUUCAUUCUCCUGGUAGCCAGUCUCCUCCGCUCCACAGGAGCAACGUCUCGGCCAUGGAGGAGCUUGUGGAGAAGGUCACGGGUAAAAUUUCAGCAAAUAAGGUGGAGAAAGCGAUCGAGAAAUGCAAGCCCGUCCUGAGCAAACCGGUGUCUCCCACCUCUAAGGAAAAUAAGGACAUGCUUAAACCGGAUGACCUAAGCAGCAGGCAACUGAAGAAGAGUAGCGUUUCGGAAGCUGAGCCUUCCAAGGUGCACAAAGAGGGUUCGUUAGAUAAUCACAUGAAAAAUGGCACAGAGUCCCUCAAGUCACCCAUCAGUAAUGGUUGCAACAGUUUGGGAAUCAUUACAGACCAUUCACCAGAGCAGCCUUUUGUUAACCCCUUAAGCGCAUUGCAAUCGAUUAUGAACACCCAUCUAGGCAAAGCUUCAAAGCCCGUCAGUCCCAGUUUGGACCCCUUGGCAAUGUUGUACAAAAUUAGCAACAGCAUGUUAGAGAAACCCAUGUACCCUCCAACUCAGGUUAAGCAAACGGAACCCAUCAACAGGUACUAUUACGAAAGCAAUGAUCAGCCCAUUGACUUGACCAAGGCCAAGAAUAACGGCAGCAAUUCGAACGGCAGCAGCAGUCGACCCAUCAUCUCCAGUGUGUCUGAAUCAAUUUCUUCCCCACUGAGGGAAAAUGCACUGAUGGACAUAUCGGAUAUGGUGAAGAACCUGACCGGGCGCUUGACCCCCAAGUCAUCCACACCAUCGUCCAUCUCCGAAAAGUCCGAUGCUGACGGGAGCACCUUUGAGGACGCUUUGGAAGAGCUUUCCCCCGUUCAGAAGCGGAAGGGGAGACAGUCCAACUGGAACCCGCAGCAUCUUCUGAUUCUUCAGGCCCAGUUUGUCUCGAGUCUGAAGGAGACGCCGGAAGGCAAAUACGUAAUGACUGACUUGGGCCCUCAGGAGCGUGUCCACAUUUGCAAGUUUACGGGUCUCUCCAUGACCACUAUUAGCCAUUGGCUAGCCAACGUUAAGUACCAGUUGAGGAGGACAGGUGGAACCAAGUUCCUAAAGAAUAUUGAUUCAGGUCAACCCGUCUUCCUCUGCAAUGAUUGUGCCUCUCAGUUCAGGACUCCUUCCACGUACAUAAACCACUUGGAGUCUCACCUAGGCUUCAGUCUCAAGGACCUCUCCAAACUGUCCCUAGAGCAUAUCCGGGAGCAGCAGACUGUCGCCAAGGUCAUCACGGACAAGACUUUUGGGUCUCUGGGGUUCGUCGAGGAGGACUCAGGCUCCCUAUUCCAGUGUAAACUGUGCAACAGGACUUUUGCUAGCAAGCAUGCAGUGAAACUGCACCUUAGUAAAACACAUGGCAAGUCACCAGAGGACCAUCUGGUGUAUGUGAAUGAACUAGAAAAACUAGAGAAAUCGUAAAAGUCCAGGUGAGCAGCUGUGUCCUCGACCAUAGAAUCAUUGCACUAAUUUUAAUCACAGUACUGCACUAGGCCUGAACUGAGCCUUUGAAAUCAGUCUUACUUGUGUUGUAAAACUGCCUAACUGGACCAUAUUUUUUCUUACACUUAAUUUUCUAAUGUAUUUAUAUGCUAUUUGUCUGACCUGUGCAUGUCAUUUUUUUUUUGUGAAUCAAGGAUUAUUCCUUGUGUUUUUUGUUUUUUUUUUCUUGAUUUUUUAUUUUAUUUUUUUUUUUUGAUUUGACACUUUGUUCAUGCCUAAUACUACUGUUUCUCUCGAACCUACAGUGGUGACCGCAAACCAGACCGUGGAAAUGUACGAUUGAUUGCGCUAGGAAUUGAUCCACUUUCAAUUUAGCCCAACGAAAAUGACAUAUUACGAGAAAAAAAAAAAAAUAUCGUUUUUUUUUUUUUGUUUUUUUACCUCCCUUUGAUAUUAAAUCGAUUCAAUCAUUACUUUUUUUUUUUUUUUUUAAAUUUUCAAAUUCUUCAGAGGACACCAAAAAAAGAAAUUCAAAAAAAAAAAAAAAGAAGAAGAGAAAUAACACACUAAGGCUUCAUCCCAAUUUCUGAAAGCUUGAAGGGAUUACGGGUCGCCUUUGUAGGUUGACGGUCAGGAAUUGAAAAACAUAUCCCCUCUCGGAAACAAAGCGCCGGGGCUGGCGAAUGUGAAAAUAGUAUGCAAGUUUUUCAAUUGCUCAAGAUGCCAUUUUGUUUUUUCUUUCACUGUAAAAUAUCACUGUUUCUAGUGAUUUACAAAUAUAAGCUUUGGUACAAGUUAAUCUUUCUAUAGUGUGCCGCUUUAAUGAUUUCAACCCAUUAGGCAAACUGUUACUUAAUGUGUAAAUGAUUGGCAACAAUGUGUAAAAGUACAUUUGACAUCUCUUUCCAUUUGGAACAGUUCGACUUUAUUUGUACUUUAAGGCUGUAUGCAUUAUUUAACUUUUAUAUUGUCAUUUUAUAUAUUAAAAAAAAAAAUGGGCAAAAUUCUCUGUAUAUACUGUAGAGUCACAUGUUUUGGAAUAAAAUUUAGUUCCUGCAGCUUGGUUUACAAAGAUAAUUUUAACUCUACGUGCGUCAGUUUGGAUGCAUGUAAUUAUGUGAAAGAACGUCAAAGCAAACAAUGCACAAUGAAUUAUACAUUGAUGUUUUAUCAUAAUUAAUGUUAAAAAACAAAAAAAAAACAAAAAAAAAAAAGAUUUGGCUCGGAAAGCUACUCCCAAUUGUUUUUUUUUUUCCUCAAUUGUAAAAUAAACCCUAAUACAGUU